UGUGUGUAUGAAAAUUUAGUUAUUAUUCGAAUGUUAUUAUCACAGUACUGUGUCUCUAUACUGAUAGAUGACUUAAAGAGUCGAUUGCCAUCAGUGGCACCUGGAAAGGUAUUCGGUAUAUAAAUAAAUCAUAAAAAAACAUUUGGGUGAAUUCUAAUGAUUAGCUAUUGCAGCUAUCCAGAUUAUUGUCUGGCAGAGUUGUAUAUGCCAAAUAGGAAAUUGAAAUGUUUACCGCAGUCAUACAACAAGCAGUUUGUAAUCAAACUAUAUGACGCGUGUGUCCGCGGCCUUAAACAGUCGACGAGAAUUCUUUGUUUGAUAACAAUGAUCAGUGUUGUCAUGGAUACGGCACGCAUAGUUGUGUUUAGUGGUGCGUGUUUGGCUUUCAAUUGUUAUUUAUUAUUUUAAUUGACUUAAUAAUUGUGAUUGGAUACUGAAUUGUGUGUGGGCUUUCUUUUGUGCGGUUUGUCAGUUGUUGAGAGCGGGCGGCGUAUGUGAUGGUUAUGACGUGCGCCGUGGGCAUGGGCGACGCGGUGCUGCGCGAGCGGCUGCCCGCGCUGUGGCGGCGCAUCGAGGACGCGCACUACAGCUACCUCGAGACCGACGACAGCCCAGACAAGCUGCACCAGAAGAAGAAACUUGAAGACUACAUAAUCGAAUAUCUGUCGCUGGUGCCUCACGCUUGUAAGUACGGCCUCACCGAGACAGGCAAGGUGUUCCAGCGCACAAUCAACGAGCUGCCCGACUUCAGUGCGUACCGCGCGGGGCUGGGGUGGGCCGCUCUGGCGAGGUACGCGGCCAAUCUCCUCGCUCAGCCAUGGAGGAAGGAAUACAGAGUUAUACGGUUGUACUGCGGAUACUUCAAGCAUGAAGUAGAGGCGAAUAUGGUGGGCGCUGAGACGAUGCUGCACGCGAUGGGCUACAAGCCGGUAGGCUCCGGCCGCCUGGUGCUGGAGGCGCCGAUAUGUCCCGACAUGGUUGCCGCUGUGUCCAGGGACGCGCUUAUAGCUCAGUGCGAGUGUCAGAUAAUGUGCCAGAUCUGGGAGGCGGUGUGGAGCAGCGGGCGGCGCGUGUCGUGGGCGGGCGUGGCGGCCGAGCGAGCCGCGCGCGCCGCACCCGCCGCCGCCGCCGCCGCCGCGCUCUCCGGCGCACGCCGCGCGCGCGCGCACCGGCACGACGCCGACAUAUAUUCGAAUAUAUCGUCGACGGUGCCGGAGACGCAACAUCACAAACUUAUCGACACUCGGUAUCACAACGACAUGACGUCACAGUGCAACCACAUGUGCGCAGAAGUGCCUCUAGAAGAACCAGUACCCAUGGUCCAACCCUAUAUGGUGCCGGCGGUACCCCAAAUGAUGUACCAGAUACCUCAUCAGCAUCUACACGACGCGCCGGUCACUGUACCACAGUGCAGUAACGUUGCAAUGAUGACGCCCUACGGGGUACCCUAUUACUACCCCGUUCAAGCACCUUACAUGAUCCCCACCCCAGUCUACCCGCCUAUCAAACACGCUACCAACGUGCCUGUCAACGGGUACCCUCCGGUACACCCUUGCCGGUACCCAUCCGUGACCACUGCACAAUUAAUAGAAUUAGACUCCCCCUCCGUAUAUGAGAAUGGAAAGUUUGAAAGACAUAGAGAUGACGAACGACCGCACAGAAGGAGUCGUCCCGAUAGCUCAAGAAGAAACAGUACAUCGAAGUCGGGGAUGAGUGACGUCACGUUGCCAAGCCUCCCACGGUCCGACACGCAGCCGUCGCUCAGCAAGGCGAGGGAGGACGGCAUGGGCACGUACGAGAGCUGGGACUACGUGUUCAGGAACUUGUCCAGUAAAGAGCACGAAGGGGACGCGAGGAGUCAGUUUUCACCAUCGUUGGACCGUGAUUCGAGAACAUUGGACCGAUUGGACCGAGAGGAGAGAAGGGCGAGGUAUCAACCGACGACGCUGGAUUUGGAGGACGGAUUGCAAGCGCUCAACCUGGACAGGACAUACGACGAAGAGAUGUACCGAACGGCGAAGGUGAACGAGAAUUUAAUGCGGUUAAAACAGGAACAGGAAAUGAAGAGGGCUAAGCAGCUCGCGAAGAAGAAGCACGAAGAAGCUAAACCGAAGAAACAGCUACCGCAAGAGCCGGUCGGUAAUCCGAAAGCCGACGCGCUAAUCCCCGCCAAAGUGGCACCGGACAAAGUGAAACUAUUGACCAAGAAAGAAAUCAAAGAUAGAAAAGACAUAAUAAAGCAACAGAACUCGGUCAACGGCUCUGUUCAGAGCACGGCCGACGUGAAGAAAGUGAGGAAGCCAACGAAACUAGUCGCGCAAGAGAUCGAAAGACCCAAGAGCAGAACGAUAGAGAAUGGAGCACAAAGCACAUCGCACAGCUUGAAAAAUAGCUCAGCGACAAGCACACAACCGAGCUACGAGCUCAAGGCACAACUGAUAGUGUCGCUCGACGAGACGGAUCAUGCGCGCCACUCGCCGCCCCGCCACCUGCACAACGGCGACCGACCGCCGAGCCGACCGCCGAGCCGACCACCGAGCCGACCGCCGAGCCGCUCGCCGCACCGCGACGCCGCCGCGCGCGACACGUGGCAGUGCGGCACCUGCACCUACCUCAACGCCAACUCGCUCUCCGCCUGCGAGAUGUGCGGUAAGUCGAAGCGCGGCCCGGAGAUCCAGCCGCUGACGUCGGGCGGCCGCGAGUGUCCCGCCUGCACGCUCGUCAACCAGCGCGACGCCAAAACGUGUGACGCGUGCGGCACCAGUCUUGAACACUGUCCCACCUACAUCUAAUAUUUCACUUGUAUCACCAAUAAUGCCGUACAAUGGUAUAGUUGCCUGUUCUGAUUCAUUCUCUUGUUGCUGGAUGGUCAGGCGAUUGAAAGUGAUAAUGUUGACUGUCUCGAUGGCAUAGCUGUAUUAGAGUACGAUUGCAGUGUUGAGGUCUCGGGUUCGAUACCUGGGACAGGUAAAGUGAUAUUGUUUUUUAUACUCGGUAUCAGCCCGGGGUCGAAUUUGUGCCCGAUAUGGCCAUACGCUCGCCGCCUAUCACAUUAUGGGACGGAAUACACACGGCGGAUAGUGGGUGCACUAGUUGUGCCUCUGCCUACCCAUUCGGGGAUAAAAAGCGUGAGCAGUGUGUAUGUGAAAAUUCUACUGGCCUCUAGUCAGAUGAAAUUAAUAAUUAUUGUGACUGCGCCAUCAUACUGUUCAAGUUGGUAACUAUAUUUAUAUUCUGACAAGAAUCACAAACAUUGGCAAUACAGUCUAUAGACGCCGAUAACGUAACAAUAGCACAAUACGAUGGUAUGGUCAAAAUAGCCAGAAUUCGAGUUAUCAGAAAGAUAUCCUUACAUUACACAGAUAUGUCGAUAAUGACAUGAUCAUAUUGUAUUUUACUAUUUAUGGAAUUAUUCAUCUUAUAUCGACCGAUUCGUGUUUUCGGAAUUUCAGCAUUGAGACACUUUACUCUUAGAAUAUUUGCAUCUCUGACGUUGUCUAGCAUUACAUAAGUAAGUGAUGCGUCCAAUAAAACUAAUCUUUCUAUGGCUUAUAAACGGCUUCUAUCGUUUCCUGAUACCAAAGGAAGUUGAUAGAAUUAAUUUGAAGAGAGAUAUGGGACAGUGGGUGUCUAAAACUAUAUCGUCGAUGAUUGUAAUACUCAAAUGCGUGAAAUAGUGCCAAACGUCUCGUGUGACGAUUCUGAUUGACCGAAACACAUGACUACAGCGCCCUCUUUAGUUGCUCAUCAGUCACGUCAGAAGUCAUAACACUAACAAAAAAAAAAUUAUUAUGACAAACGGGUUGCAAUUAUUGUGUUUGUUAUGGUUUGUGUUGUUUUUGACAUUACACAUUUAUAAUUAUAUGAAUUGGACGAUUGGUCGCUAUUGAGAUAUGAGUAAUUAUUUACAAGUUUUAAAUGUUCCUUCACAUGCAGUCUAUUAGCAAUUCAAAGUAUAACCAUGUUACAUUGAUUCGUGUUUUUGUUAUAUUUUAUUGUUGUUUAUAUUGAGAUUUCAGAUUGUUGCACACUUAGCGAUGUGUUGCGAUCGUGAGAGUUUGGAUUUGAAAUAUUUAAAUUUAGAAUAUUUAAAUGUUAUUAGUAAUAUUUUGAUCGCAGAGAGUGAGAUCGCAUCGCGUCGCUUUGUGUGUCGAAACCUUUAAAACUGUAAACGUUGUCUUCACAAAAGUUUAAAAUGUCACUUAUUAAAUAUGAAUAAUAUGAUUGCUUA